CGCGCCCGCCCGCCCGCUCAAGUGGCCGGGAGGGGGGUCGGUCUGCGCUCCGGGUGGCUUCGCCACGGUCGCUAGUCGUGACUCUGUAGGCGGAAGCGUGGAGACGAGCCUGAGCGUCAGGCUCCCCACACACAACCGCGUGACCCGGGGACUUUCCUCAGGGUGUGCAAAAGCACAAGCACCCCCUCAGUUAGGAGAUGGGGGCGGGGAAGGAUGCUCCCGCGUGUUCGCGGAAAGAGGGGUGAGGGCGCGGGGCCAGGGAAGCUGAGCCACGGGAGCCUGGGAGGGGAGGCCGGCUGGGCGGGGUGGAGCAUGGCGGGGGAAGUGACUCAAGGCCAGAGGCGGACAGGCCCACGGAAGGCAAGGGUGGGGGACGCGCGGGGAAUGGGCGAUCCUGAAUCGACUGGCCGUGCACGGCUCAGGGCGAGGGUGCCGGCGCCCCCAGAACGCCAGGGACGUACUGUGAGGGAAGGCCUAGCUGCUGAGCCCUUUGGGGCCGGGGUCUGACAUCUGGACGGAGUGGGAAAGCAGCAUCCUGCCCUUGGGGAGUCGGGAGGAGCCCAGUCUCAUCCAGCUGUGCAAACAGGAGAAGGAGGAGGUCCCAAGCCUACCCUUGGGAAAGGGGCGAGAGGGGUGGUCAGGCCGCCGCCGCGCCGGCCCCCGCGGUGCGGGUUGCGCCAGCCUCCUCGGAGCCCGACGCAGAAACUUGUUGCAACAAACAGGCGACCGCGGGUGCCCCUAGCAGCCAGCGGCGGAGUGGGUGGGCGGUCGAGAGGGAGGGGAAGGCUGGCGGACGCCGCAGCGAACUGGUGGGCAGACCCGGAGUCGCCGCGUAAGCGGGGCCGGCUCAGUGCGGUGCGGCAGGCGCGGCUGUGCGGCAGCGGAAGUCCUUUGUUGCAGCACAGUCCCUGGCAGAGCCAGAGCCUCUCCGCGCAGCCCAGCCCGAACGCCGCGCGCCGCCGCCACUGCAGCUCUCGGCCCUUCUGCCUCCGCCCGCCUUUCCCGUGGCCGAUUUGCCUUAAACUCCCUAAAAUCUCCGCAGCCCCGGUUCCUGCUGCGGCCGGUCUCUAAUUAAUAGAAGAUGGCAAAGCCCAGCCACAGCAGCUACGUCCUUCAGCAGCUAAACAACCAAAGGGAAUGGGGUUUCCUCUGUGACUGUUGUAUUGCAAUUGAUGACAUUUACUUUCAAGCACACAAAGCAGUUCUAGCUGCCUGUAGCUCCUAUUUUAGAAUGUUUUUCAUGAAUCAUCAGCAUAGUACUGCACAGCUGAAUCUCAGCAACAUGAAAAUUAGUGCUGAGUGUUUUGAUCUUAUUUUGCAGUUUAUGUAUUUAGGAAAAAUUAUGACAGCUCCUUCCAGUUUUGAGCAGUUUAAAGUGGCAAUGAACUACCUACAGCUGUACAAUGUUCCUGACUGUUUAGAAGACAUACAGGAUGCAGAUUGUUCUAGUUCAAAAUGUUCAUCUUCUGCUUCUAGCAACCAGAACAGCAAAAUGAUAUUUGGGGUAAGAAUGUAUGAAGACACUGUGGCUAGAAAUGGCAGUGAAGCCAAUAGAUGGUGUGCAGAGCCAAGUUCAACAGUAAAUACACCACAUAAUAGAGAGCCUGAUGAAGAGUCUUUGCAAUUAGGUAAUUUUCCUGAACCAUUAUUUGAUGUAUGUAAGAAGAGUUCUGUGUCCAAAUUAUCUACUCCAAAAGAACGUGUCUCACGACGCUUUGGACGGAGUUUUACCUGUGAUAGUUGUGGAUUUGGCUUUAGCUGUGAGAAGUUACUAGAUGAGCAUGUGCUAACCUGUACUAACAGACAUUCAUACCAAAAUACAAGAUCCUACCACAGAAUAGUGGAUAUUAGAGAUGGAAAAGACAGUAAUAUCAAAGCUGAAUUUGUUGAAAAGGAUUCUUCUAAGACAUUUUCUGCACAGACGGACAAAUACAGAGGAGACACAAGCCAGGCUGCUGAUGACUCAACUUCAACCACUGGAAGCAGAAAAAGUAGCGCAGUGGAGUCUGAACUAGCCAGUGAAGAAAAAAGCAGAGCUGCUGAGAGGAAAAGAAUCAUUAUCAAGAUGGAACCAGAAGAUAUCCCUACAGAUGAACUGAAAGACUUUAACAUUAUUAAAGUUACUGAUAAAGACUGUAAUGAGUCCACUGACAAUGAUGAAUUAGAAGAUGAACCUGAAGAGACAUUUUAUAGAUACUAUGUUGAAGAAGAUGUCAGUAUUAAAAAAAGUGGGAGGAAAGCUCUGAAACCUCGGAUGUCAAUAAACACUGAUGAAAGAGGUGGUUUAGAAAAUAUGAGGCCCCCUAACAACAGCAGUCCAGUACAAGAGGAUACUGAAAACGCAUCCUGUGAGUUGUGUGGGCUCACAAUAACUGAGGAGGACCUGUCAUCUCAUUACUUAGCCAAACACAUCGAAAAUAUCUGUGCAUGUGGCAAAUGUGGACAAAUACUUGUGAAGGGUAGACAGCUUCAGGAACAUGCCCAGAGAUGUGGAGAGCCCCAAGACCUGACAAUGAACGGAUUAGGAAGUACUGAGGAGAAGAUGGACAUGGAAGAGAAUCCUGACGAACAGUCUGAAAUCAGGGAUAUGUUUGUUGAAAUGUUGGAUGAUUUUAGGGACAAUCAUUUCCAGAUAAACAAUAUCCCAAAAAAGCAGUUAUUUAAACAUUCUGCCUGUCCUUUUCGAUGUCCUAAUUGUGGCCAGCGUUUUGAAACUGAAAAUCUAGUGGUUGAACAUAUGUCUAGUUGCCUAGACCAAGACAUGUUCAAGAGUGCCAUCAUGGAAGAGAAUGAAAGGGAUCACAGACGGAAGCAUUUUUGUAAUCUGUGUGGGAAAGGAUUUUAUCAGCGGUGUCACUUAAGAGAACACUAUACUGUUCACACCAAGGAAAAACAGUUUGUUUGUCAGACAUGUGGAAAGCAGUUUUUAAGGGAACGUCAGUUGCGACUCCACAAUGAUAUGCACAAAGGCAUGGCCAGGUAUGUCUGUUCCAUUUGUGAUCAAGGCAACUUCAGAAAACAUGACCAUGUACGGCAUAUGAUUUCUCAUUUAUCUGCUGGUGAGACUAUAUGCCAGGUCUGCUUUCAGAUAUUCCCAAACAAUGAACAGUUGGAACAGCACAUGGAUGUUCACCUGUAUACAUGUGGAAUAUGUGGAGCAAAGUUUAAUUUGAGGAAAGAUAUGAGAUCACAUUAUAAUGCCAAGCAUUUGAAAAGAACAUAAGUGAUUUUCUACUGUAUAAUGUUUAGCUGAUAGGAGACAAAACACCAAAGCAAAGGAUAUGAGCUAUUUAGAAAAUGAAUUUAUAAGAUGAAUUGUUGAAAAAAAUUUUAAGGCCCUUUACCUUUAAUAUUUUUUGUUUAGGAUCUUAAGUAUCUACAUUUUAGGUGUUAUUAAAUGUUUAUCAUUUUUGUUAUUUUUAAUAGAAUUCUUUGUUUUUAGUUUGUUUUAGCUAUGAUUAAAAUUACUUUUAAAUGUAGACUACAAGUGGUUGUUACCCCUUCAGUGACUAUGAAAGUUUAGUUUUUUAUCAAUAAGGUGAUGACUUCACUAUUUUUAUGUUGUUUUUUUUUUCUAAAGUUUCCCUGUGAAAUUUUAAACCCAACAUCAUUGGCCAUUCCUGUUUAAAUUUUUUUUUAAAAUUGUUUGUUUUAAAUAAUUAGUUAUUUGAAACUAUCCCAUUCACUGUAGCUUUUUUUUUUUUUUUUUUGGAAGUUGAACAGUGAUUUAGCCACUGUUUAUUCCCUGUCUUGUCAAUGAAAUUCGUAUUCUUAAAUUGACAACUUAAUAGGCAGGUUAGGUGCACUGAAUCUAACCUUGAAGGUUGACAUGGGCUCAAACUUGGCCUAAAAAGAUUGAUGAACCUAAGGAAAUUCCUAUAAAUGAAUAUUUCCUAUAAUUGAUAAAAUAUUAUCAUUUAAUAAUCACAUUUAAAACUUAUAUUAAGUGUAAAACCCAAUGACUUUACCCCACUUGAGAAAUUAGUGGGGACAAGUCAUUUUGUUUUGUGAUAUUAAAUUUAACUAUGAUAGUUAAUUAAAAAGGCAUAUCUUGUAUUCAUUUAAAAUAAUUUAAAAUAUUCUGAUUUCUCAAGUGUGUUAGUUUAUGAAUUAUUUUUGUUUAUAAAUAGACUUUAAUAGCUUUCUAGGAAUAUGACAUCUAAAGGAAAAUGAUUUUUCACCUUUAAAAUGACAUACUUUUGGAACUUUGAGAUUUGAGAAAGCUGCCAUGUAUAUUGACAAAUCUAAUAAAAUAAAGAAAUCAAUUACAAAUCUGGUUGUUCUAUCAAAGUAGAGUGUGCAAAAGUCAUGUCUUGUGUUUUAUACUAAGAUUUGGAGAGAGAAUGUGUUAUGGCAAAUUGCAGUUUAUCAACAUGCUUUAUUUUUUUUUCUGUAAAGGACUAAAAUUUGAGAACCGUAAAAUAAUCACAGAACAUAUAAGUGGAAAUAGUUUAUCAUUUUUAAGAUAAAGUAGUAUUACUGUUAGUUGUUGCUGACACAGGGUCUACACGAAUUACAUGUGAAUUAAAACACUGGCAAAACUGGCCCACAAUCAACAUAUCUGUUGAAUAGAA